CUGUUUUGACUCUGCGCUUCUAGGGUUUUAGAAGUAGUCUCCGAAUCUUCACAGAGUUGUACACGGUGGAUCUUCGGUUGUACGUUGAAGAAACUCAUCGACAAUGGACAAAAGUAUGCUUGGAGAUCUGGACUCUCUUCCCGAUGAAGACAAGCUCCGAAUGUCUUCCAUGAUCGACCAGCUCCAAAUCCGCGACAGUUUAAGGAUGUAUAAUACACUGGUGGAAAGAUGCUUCACCGACUGCGUGGACACAUUCCGACGCAAAACUCUGGAUAAGCAAGAAGAGACUUGUGUUCGCAGGUGUGCGGAGAAGUUCUUGAAGCACUCUAUGCGUGUCGGCAUGAGAUUCGCUGAGCUGAACCAAGGUGCUGCCACACCAGACUAAAAUGUGCUUUCUACAUGUGAAUUCGAGGGCAUUCCCUUUAAUAGUUUUGAAGAUUUGUUUUUUGUUAGGAGCUGUUACUAAUGCUACUUUAUUUGGACGCAAUAAGGUAAGAGAUAUCGCUCCCUUUACAAGACUCCCUGCAGCAUAAUCUUUGCUGUUUUUCUUACGUCAAAUAUUACUACCAUAUAAAAUUUCUAUAUUUGUUUCUAA